GGCGACAUCCGGGAACAGAACGGGAGCGGCGGUGGAGGGCGACCCCAUGGCGGAGGCGGACCCCGACAGGCAGCGGGAGGCGUCGGUGGGGAGGGGUCCCCCGGGGGGCAGUGGGGGUCCUCUGGCCCUACUGAAGGCGCGGGCGCUCGACGUCACCUUCGAGGUGGGGGACGACUACGAGGUCAUCGAAACCAUCGGCACCGGAGCCUACGGCGUCGUCAGCUCCGCGCGGCGCAGGGACACCGGGCAGGCGGUGGCCAUCAAGAAGAUCCCGAACGCGUUCGACGUGGUGACCAACGCGAAGCGCACUCUGCGCGAGCUGAAGAUCCUGAAGCACUUCAAGCACGACAACAUCAUCGCCAUCAAAGACAUCCUGCGGCCGCGGGGGGCCUACCGCGACUUCCGCUCCGUCUACGUGGUGCUGGACCUGAUGGAGUCGGACCUCCACCAGAUCAUCCACUCCUCGCAGCCCCUGACUUUGGAGCACGUCCGCUACUUCCUCUACCAGCUCCUUCGCGGCCUCAAAUACAUCCAUUCGGCCAACGUCCUCCACCGGGACCUCAAACCUUCCAACCUUUUGGUCAACGAGAACUGCGAGCUGAAGAUCGGCGAUUUCGGUAUGGCCAGGGGGCUCGGAGCGGACCCCCGCCAUAGCAAAGCCUUCCUGACCGAAUACGUGGCCACACGGUGGUACCGGGCUCCGGAACUGCUCCUAUCCUUACACCGUUACACCCGAGCCAUCGACAUGUGGUCGGUGGGUUGCAUCUUCGCCGAGAUGUUGGGCCGCCGACAGCUCUUCCCGGGUCGCAAUUACGUCCAUCAGCUGCAGCUCAUCAUGGCCGUCCUGGGGACCCCCCCCGCGGGCGUCAUGGCGGCCAUCGGGGCCGAGAGGGUCCGCGCCUACCUGCAGAGCCUCCCCCCUCGCCCCCCGGUGCCGUGGGAGAGCCUUUACGGCGACGCCGAGCCGGCGGCGUUGGCGCUGUUGGGGAGGAUGCUGAGGUUCGACCCCAGGGAGAGGGUCGGGGUGGCCGAAGCGUUGCGCCAUCCCUUCCUGGCCAAAUACCACGACCCCGAGGAUGAGCCCGAGUGCAUCCCGGCCUUCGACUUCGCCUUCGAGCGCCGCGUGCUCACCAAGGAGGAGAUCAAAGCCGCCAUCGUGGCCGAGAUCGAGGAUUUCCACCAGCGCCGCGACGGCAUCCGAAGGCACAUCGCCUUUGCCGGCGGCGGCGGCGGCGGCGGUGGGGUCAAUGGGGGCGGCGGUGGGGCCGUGGCCGACGUUGGGGGCGGCGGUGGGGUCAGCGCGGCCAAUGUUGGGGUCAGCGUGGUCGAUAUGGCCGACGUUGGGGUCAGCGCGGCCAAUGUUGGGGUCAGCGUGGUCGAUAUGGCCGACGUUGGGGUCAGCGCGGCCAAUGUUGGGGUCAGCGUGGUCGAUAUGGCCGACGUUGAGGGCAGUGGGGGCGGUGUUGGGGUCAACGUGGCCAAUAUGGCCGACAUUGGGGGCAGUGGGGGUGGUGUUGGGGGUGGUGGGGGUGGCGUUGGGGUCAACGCGGCCAAUAUUGGGGUCAGCGUGGCCAAUGUUGGGGUCAGUGUGGCCAAUAUGGCCAACGUUGGGGGCAGUGGGGGCGGCGUUGGGGUCAGCGUAGCCAGUAUGGCCAAUGUUGGGGUCAACGCGGCCAAAGUUGGGGUCAACGCGGCCAAUGUUGGGGUCAGCGUGGCCAAUAUGGCCAACGCUGGGGGCAGUGGGGGCGGUGUUGGGGUCAACGCGGCCAAUAUGGCCAAUGCCGGCAUCAACGCAGCCAACGUCGGGGUCAACGUGGCCAACGUUGGGGUCAAUAGGGCCAAUGUUGGGGUCAACGUGGCCAACAUGGCCAAUAUCGGGGUCAACAUGGCCAACGUUGGGGUCAGUGUGGCCAAUAUUGGGGUCAACGUGGCCAACGCCGGCAUCAACAUGGCCACUAUGGCCAAUGCCGGCGUCCGUAUGAUCAACGUGGCCAACGCCGGCAUCAAUAUGGCCAACGCCGGCGUCACCGUGGCCAACCUGGCCAACACCGGCAUCGGCAUGGCCAAUAUGGCCAACACCGGCAUCAAUAUGGCCAACGCCACCAUCAAUAUGGCCAACAGCGGCGUCAAUAUGGCCAAUAUGGCCAACACCGGCAUCAAUAUGGCCAAUGCCACCAUCAAUAUGGCCAACACCGGCCUCAAUAUGGCCAAUAUGGCCAACAGUUGUGUUAAUGUGGCCAAUAUGGCCAACCCCGGCAUCAAUAUGGCCAACAGCGAUGUCAGUAUGGCCAAUAUGGCCAACACUUGUGUCAAUAUGGCCAACCCCGGCAUCAAUAUGGCCAAUAUGGCCAACGCCGGCAUCAAUAUGGCCAACCCCGGCCUCAAUAUGGCCAAUAUGGCCAACCUCAGCCUCAAUAUGGCCAACACCGGUGUCAAUAUGGCCAAUAUGGCCAACACCGGUGUCAAUAUGGCCAAUAUGGCCAACGCCGGCAUCAAUAUGGCCAACCCCGGCCUCAAUAUGGCCAACAGCGGUGUCAGUAUGGCCAAUAUGGCCAACACCAGCAUCAAUAUGGCCAAUAUGGCCAACCCCGGCCUCAAUAUGGCCAACAGCGGUGUCAGUAUGGCCAAUAUGGCCAACACCAGCAUCAAUAUGGCCAAUAUGGCCAACCCCGGCCUCAAUAUGGCCAACAGCGGCGUCAAUAUGGCCAAUAUGGCCAACAGCGGCGUCAAUAUGGCCAAUAUGGCCAACAGCGGCGUCAAUAUGGCCAACAGCGGCGUCAAUAUGGCCAAUAUGGCCAACAGCGGCGUCAAUAUGGCCAACGCCGGCAUCAAUAUGGCCAACAUGGCCGCCAUCAGCAGCAGCGCGGCCACCACCACCGUCAGCGGCACCGACCCCUCCGUCCCCACGCCGUGGCCCUGCACCGAUGUGGACAUGGCGAGCCCCGGCCCCACGGCGGCCCCCGAUUGCCCCAUGGAAUCGCCGCGGGUCAAAGCGGAACCGGAGGUCCCGGUGGCACCGAAACGGGACGGCGCCAUCUCCGACGACACCAAAGCGGCCCUCAAAGCGGCGCUGCUGAAAUCCGCCAUGAGGAAUAAGAGUAGAGACCCCCCCACGGUGGCGGCGCCGCCGGACCUCCCGGAUUGCCGUCGUUCGGUGACGGCGGCCGAACGUCAGCGGGAACGGGAGGAGAAGCGGCGGCGGCGGCAGGAAAAGGCCAAGGAGAGGGAGAGGAAACAGCGCGAGCGGCUGCAGCGCGACCCACAGCCCCACCGCGACCCACAGCUCCACCGCGACCCACAGCUGCGCCUGCGGGGUUUGGUCCUCAGCGACGACGACCGCCACCUCUUGGAGCGUUGGACCAAAAUGAGGGACGGGGCGCCGCCCAGAGCCCCCCACAAUAACCCACUGCUGCCCCCCAAGAACGCGCAGCCCCCCACUAACCCACUUCUGCCCCACAGUAACGCACAGCAGCCCAAUAACGCACUGCUGCCCCCCAAUAACGCACUGCUGCCCCACAAUAACCCACUGCUGGCCGCCAAUAAUGCACAGCAGCCCAAUAACGCCCUGCUGGCCCCCAAUAACCCACUGCUGCCCCCCAAGAACGCGCAGCCCCCCAAGAACCCACUGCUGCCCCACAGUAACCCACAGCAGCCCAAUAACGCACUGCUGGCCCUCAAUAACCCACAGCAGCCCAAUAACGCACUGCUGCCCCCCAAUAACCCACUGCUGGUCACCAAUAACGCACAGCAGCCCAAUAACGCACUGCUGGCCCCCAAUAACCCACAGCCCCCCAGUAACGCACUCCAGCCCCACAAUAACCCACUGCUGCCCCCCAAGAACGCGCAGCCCCCCAAUAACUCACUGCUGGCCCUCAAUAACGCACAGCAGCCCAAUAACACACUGCUGGCCCUCAAUAACGCACAGCAGCCCAAUAACGCACUGCUGGCCACCAAUAACGCACAGCAGCCCAAUAACGCACUGCUGGCCCCCAAUAACCCACUGCUGGCCCCCAAUAACGCACUGCUGCCCCCCAAGAGCACACAGCCCCCCAAUAACCCACUGCUGCCCCACAGUAACCCACAGCAGCCCAAUAACGCACUGCUGGCCGCCAAUAACGCACAGCAGCCCAAUAACGCACAGCAGCCCCUCAAUAACGCACAGCAGCCCAAUAACGCACUGCUGGCCACCAAUAACGCACAGCAGCCCAAUAACCCACUGCUGCCCCCCAAUAACCCACUGCUGCCCCCCAGUAACCCACUGCAGCCCCACAAGAACCCACAGCCCCCUAAUAACCCACUGCUGGCCGCCAAUAACGCACAGCAGACCCUCAACAACCCACAGCCCCCCAGUAACGCACUCCAGCCCCCCAGUAACCCACUGCUGGCCCCCAAUAACCCACAGCAGCCCAAUAACGCACUGCUGCCCCCCAAUAACGCACAGCAGCCCAAUAACGCACUGCUGCCCCCCAAUAACCCACUGCUGGCCCCCAAGAACCCACUGCAGCCCCCCAAGAACCCACUGCUGCCCCCCAAUAACGCACAGCAGCCCAAUAACGCACUGCUGCCCCCCAAUAACCCACAGCAGCCCCCCAAGAACCCACAGCAGCCCAAUAACCCACUGCAGCCCCCCAAUAACACACAGCAGCCCAAUAACCCACAGCAGCCCCCCGAUAACCCACAGCAGCCCCCCGAUAACGCGCAGCAGCCCAAUAAGCCACCGCAGCCCCCCAAUAACGCACAGCAGCCCGCCAAUAACACCUCGCUGCCCCCCAAUAACGCACAGCGGCUCCUCAAUAACCCACAGCCCCACAACAAUAACCCGCUGCCCCCCAGUAGCACCUCAUUGCCCCCCAGUAACCCACAGCAGCCCCCCAAUAACUCACUGCUCCCCAAUAACCCCUCACUGCCCCCCAAUAACCCCCAGCAGCCCCCCAAGUACCCCCAGCAGCUCCCCAAUAGCACCUCGCUGCCCCCCAAUAACCCCCAGCAGCCCCCCAAUAACCCGCAGCAGCCCCCCAAUAACCCGCAGCAGCCCCCCAGUAACCCCCAGCAGCCCCCCAACACCUCCCAGCCCCCCAGUAACCCCCAGCAGCCCCCCAACAACGACCCGCAGCUCCCCCAGGCGUUGGUGGGGGGCGGGGGGUGGGCGGACCCCGAUGUGGCCACCGUGACCCAGCAGCUGUCCAAGUCACAGGUGGAGGACAUUUUGCCCCCCGUCUUCUCGGUGACCCCAAAAGGCAGCGGGGCGGGAUAUGGGGUGGGCUUCGACCUGGAGGAGUUCCUCAGCCAAUCGUUGGACAUGGAGGGCGACGGCAAAGAGAGGUGAGGGGGGACCCCAAAUCCCAUCGGGGGGGACCCUAACAUUGGGGUCACCCCAUGGCCCUAUAAAGGGGGACCCCAAAAUCCCAAUAACGGGGGGCCCAAAGUUUAUGGGGUCAGCCUAUAGCCCUGUCAUGGGGAACCCCAAUAAUGGGGGCCCAAAGUUUAUGGGGUCAAACUAUGGCACUAUAAUGGGGGACCCCAAAUCCCAUUGGGGGGACCCUAAAUUGGGGUCACCCCAUAACCCUAUAAUGGGGGACCCCCAAUAAUGGGGGAUCCAAAGUUUGUGGGGUCACCUUAUAGGCCUAUAAUGGGGGCCCAAAGUUUAUGGGGUCAGACCAUAGCCCUGUAAUGGGGGACCCCAGAUCCCAUCGCUGGGGACCCUAAGAUUGGGGUCACCCCAUAGCCCUAUAAGGGUGGACCCCAAAAUCCCAAUAACGGGGGGCCCAAAGUUUAUGGGGUCAGCCUAUAGCCCUGUCAUGGGGAACCCCAAUAAUGGGGGCCCAAAGUUUAUGGGGUCAAACCAUGGCACUAUAAUGGGGGACCCCAAAUCCCAUUGGGGGGACCCAAACAUUGGGGUCACCCCAUAGCCGUAUAAAGGGGGACCCCAAAAUCCCAAUAACGGGGGGCUCAAAGUUAAUGGGGUCAGCCUAUAGCCCUAUAAUGGGGGCUCAAAGUUUAUGGGGUCACCCCAUAGUCCUGUAAUGGGGGACC